GGGGUUUCCCUCCGUAGCUUCCCUGCUUUUGGCUCAACCGCCCCUUUUGUACCAAUUUAAAUUUUAUGCUGAGGCAGAUUGCGAGUUUAUUUUUUUGCUUCGUUUUCAUUUUAUCAAACAUUGUCCUUUGGGCCUCUAUGUCCCAAGCAUAGUGUUAGCUUGGAGAGGUAGAUGAAUACAAGUAUCCAUGAGCGUCAUUUCCUUUUGAUUGGCGUUUGACAGGUUUUUUUUUUGCAUAAUGGCCGUCCAAGGUAUUGGCCAGGAAUCCCAUUUUUACUUAGUUAAUGGACCUUGCUGUUUCCUAGUCUUACGCAAAAUGGCACCUAAAAUGUAUGUGGUGGCUCCAGUUGGUUAUGGAUGUGUGAUUCAUUGGCCAUUCCUGACUCUCUCAUAAUUCCUUUAUUGAAGAUUCAGUAUUUUCCACGAGUGAUAUGAAACAAAAGAGGAAUAUUUACUCUCUAGUUACUGUGAAAUGGGGAAAGGAGAAAUUUGAAGGUGUAGAAUUGAAUACUGAUGAACCUCCAAUGGUGUUCAAGGCUCAGCUUUUUGCACUGACUGGAGUCCAGCCGGCCAGACAGAAAGUUAUGGUGAAAGGAGGAACAUUGAAGGAUGAUGAUUGGGGAAACAUCAAAAUAAAAAAUGGAAUGACUCUACUAAUGAUGGGAUCCGCAGACGCUCUUCCUGAGGAACCCUCAGCUAAAACCGUCUUUGUGGAAGACAUGACAGAAGAACAGUUAGCAUCUGCUAUGGAAUUACCAUGUGGAUUGACAAACCUUGGUAACACUUGUUACAUGAAUGCUACAGUUCAGUGUAUUCGUUCUGUGCCUGAACUCAAAGAUGCCCUUAAAAGGUAUGCAGGUGCCUUGAGAGCGUCAGGGGAAAUGGCUUCAGCACAGUAUAUUACUGCAGCCCUUAGAGAUUUGUUUGAUUCCAUGGAUAAAACUUCUUCUAGUAUUCCACCUAUUAUUCUACUGCAGUUUUUGCACAUGGCUUUUCCACAGUUCGCAGAGAAGGGCGAACAAGGACAGUAUCUUCAACAGGAUGCUAAUGAGUGUUGGAUACAAAUGAUGCGAGUAUUGCAACAGAAAUUGGAAGCCAUAGAGGAUGAUUCUGUUAAAGAGACAGAUUCUUCAUCUGCAUCAGCAGUAACACCUUCUAAAAAGAAAAGUUUAAUUGAUCAGUUCUUCGGAGUUGAGUUUGAAACUACCAUGAAAUGUACAGAGUCUGAAGAAGAAGAAGUCACUAAAGGAAAGGAAAAUCAGCUUCAGCUCAGCUGUUUUAUCAAUCAAGAAGUCAAGUAUCUUUUUACAGGACUUAAAUUGCGACUUCAGGAAGAAAUCACCAAACAGUCUCCUACAUUGCAAAGAAAUGCUUUGUACAUCAAAUCUUCCAAGAUCAGCCGGCUACCUGCUUAUUUAACUAUUCAGAUGGUUCGCUUUUUUUAUAAAGAGAAGGAAUCUGUGAAUGCUAAAGUUCUUAAGGAUGUUAAAUUUCCUCUUAUGUUGGAUGUGUAUGAACUGUGUACACCAGAACUUCAAGAGAAGAUGGUCUCGUUUCGAUCAAAAUUCAAGGAUCUAGAAGAUAAAAAAGUGAAUCAGCAGACAAAGAUAAGUGACAAAAAGAGUAGUCCCCAGAAAGAAGUUAAGUAUGAACCCUUUUCUUUUGCUGAUGACAUUGGCUCCAAUAAUUGUGGAUACUAUGAUUUACAAGCAGUGCUAACACAUCAGGGAAGGUCUAGCUCUUCAGGUCAUUAUGUAUCAUGGGUGAAGAGGAAACAAGACGAAUGGAUUAAGUUUGAUGAUGAUAAGGUCAGCAUUGUGACACCAGAGGAUAUCUUGCGGCUUUCUGGUGGUGGAGACUGGCAUAUAGCUUAUGUUCUACUCUAUGGGCCUCGCAGAGUUGAAAUAAUGGAAGAGGAAAGUGAAUAGUAAUCUUCAUUUUAGCUAUUUAUGCUUAGGUGUGAAGUAAAUGUUAUUUGUUGAUCACUUUCUAUAAUCCAGAGCUUUAGAGCAAGAUAUUUAGGUGGUUUUAUGUGUUUCCCCUCAUGUGGAACAAAAGAGGGCAGAAGCAGACUACUCUAUGUAUCAACCUAAAAAAUUACAGAAAAGAGAAAAUUGCCUUUGGACUGUGCUGCCCUGUGUAAAGAUGGCAGAAAGACAUUUUUAAAAAGCUUAUUUCUUGCAUUAAUUUUUAAAAAUUCUGAGUUGAAAUGCCUUUCAAACAUUACCUUUUGUGAUGAUAAUUUUUCUCCCUUUUUCAGCCCAAGAUUCAACAAUCAAAUGUUUAUUGCACACCUAUUUCUCUAUUAUUCGUUGUUGUUCUUGCAUGGUUCAAACCACCGGUAAUUCAGUAGCUGCCUAUCCUUUGCCUUAUCUAACAAAAAUUUUGCCAGAAAGGUGGAAAGGAACUAAGUGUUGCUCUCAUUUUGUAACUCAGUGCUGCUGUCCACAUCCCAUGGAGACAUGGGUACAAUCAAGUAUUUGUCCAGCCUGACUGUUGCUGGCUUUUCAUGACUUUAAAAUAAAUUGUGAUCAAUAAUAGUACAUUUGAUUAUACAUUUAUUACUGUCUCUCUGAUGUACUAUGGUUUGUACAUUCAACUUGGUAAUGGUUUUGUAGUAAUCAACCCUAAAAAAAAUGUUGACAAGCUCUGGUUGCUAAUUUUUAGAAAAUGAGGAUAUUUAAUAAAAAAACAACAAAAAAAGGGAUUAACAGCUUUUGACCUCAAGUCUUUUGUCUAUUGAGUGUUGGAGCUUGGCUAAAGUUCAGAUAUGUUUAAUACUAUACAGUUUAUGCAGAUGGUUAGUUUUACUCUGCUGUUAUUAAGCAUCCAUUUAAAAAUGUUACCUUGUUUGCCUGCUAGCAUUAUAUUCUGUUUAAAAAGAAAUACAAAAUUGUAAAAGUAAUUGAGUUCUUUGGAUGCUGAAUGCAACAAUGUUAUCAAAAGAUCUGCUCCUUGGCUCCCUUGGUGUUUGUUUUUACUCUCCUGUCAAUUCUCAAAAUCUUAAUGUCUAUCUCAGAAUUUAAUAUCAAUGAUUUUUAAAGUCAUGGUAGAAAUACCAAGAGUAUGAGGUAUUUCAAUAUGGUAGAUUUCUUAUAUUUUAAUACAUUCUAAUUAGUUCCUUAUUUUUGUUUCAGGAGCCUUAUUAGAGAAAGGAUUGAAUGUUAGCUAAUUUGUCUCUAAUUUUCAAGUUAGAUAUUUAUAAUAAAGUUUUGGGGAUUAUCAUGAAAUCUCAUACCUUUGCUUAUGCUGUUUUAAAUGCUCUGCAGAGCAUAGCACUGAUAACUGUUAGAUUCCUGGAGAAUAAUGGCCAUUUUCCUCAAGUUUGAACAAUGUGAUAUAAUCUGAGAAUGCUAGUGGAUAAAAUAAGCAUUUCAGGGAAACUUCUUUGUAAAUAGCUUCUUCAGCUAAAUUAAUUAUUGGCAAUCAGCACUCCCUCUGCCUUGGGAGAGGGUGCAGAAUAGAAUAGGGAGGAUGAGACCGUAAGAAUUGUAAUGAUUCUUUUAUAUAUAUUGGUAUGAAGCUUGUAAGUUUGCAGAAUUUUUUAAUUCACUGUCGUAUUUAGUCUGAAUGAUUUUGAGGACAUAAAUUUAGCAAUUAGAAUUCAGAUUUUCUGAUUUGUAGGAUGCUGUAGAUACUAGAUCAGGUGAGGUAGGUUUAGAACAAAGUAUGUAAACUUUGUAUGGAAUUAGAAUUUUAGAAUUGUAAUUCCUUAAUUAUCAUUAUUAAAAAAAACUUGAUUGAUCCAAAAAAGCAUUAUUCCAAAGAUUUUUUAAGUAUAAGAAAUUGGACUUAUACCAGUGUUGUUUUAAACAAGGCUAUUUUAGAAUUUAACCUUGCAUAUAAGGUUUUUGAGAAGGGAGAGUUGGCAAGAAAAUGUCUUGAUUCCUGAGUGUGCCUUAUAUGCUGUGCCACUAGCACCAAGGCCCUUUCUGUAUAAGAGCUGUGCUGUAUCACUGUUGGACCAGCUAGUGAAGUUAAGCCCAAGCAAGAACAUUUAUCCUGUGAUACACACCUAGUAGCCUCUCUUCAGGUUUCAAAACAACGAUGACCUAAUCUUAGAGCCCUAAGGGGAAAGGCUUAUGUGGGAAUAGGAAAAGUAGAUAGAUGGUACUCUCUCCAGGCAUUACUACAUAGUGCUUUGCUGUUUAUAGGGUGCUUUCACAUACGUCUCAUUUGAACUUCACAAUAACCCCUGUGGUAUGCAUCCCUAUUUUAACGACUUGAGAGGUUAAAUAAUUUUUGUAAGGCUGGUUCCAUUUCUUUUUAAGUUGGAGGUUGGCAAACCUUUUCUGUAAUGGGCCAGAUAGUAAAUAUUUUCAGCUUUGCAGGCCAUAAAGUCUUUAUUGCAACUACUUAACUUUGCUGUUGUAGUGUGAAAGGAGCCAUAGACAACACUUAAAAGAAUCAGCAUGGCUAUGUGCCAGUAAAAUUUUACUUAUAGACAGGUGGUGAACAGACCAUUGUUUGCUGAUCCUCUGCUUUAAAGCAUAAAUGAGACUAGAGCAGUCUUAUGGUUUCAGAAAAGUCUUAUUCUGGGAUUUUCAGAAUAGCAAGUUAAAACUGCUAACAGCAUGCAGGAAACUAAUUUGGCAUAGUUCCUUAGGAAGUACCAUGCUUCUAAAUAUUGCUUCUUGAUUUCAUUAUAAAUACAUUUAAUUUAUUUAACAAAAAUAUAUUAUGUGACCAUUAGGUUACUUUAUUUUGGCCAUUUUCCCAACCUACUUCCCCCUCCCGCCAAACCCCGAGGUCAGUUAUCAAGAGCCAAUAUGUGUUCUGUUGUUCUUGGAGCACCAGCCAACUGUACAACUGUUAUAAAAAUGUUUAUUGUUUACCAAAACCAGUGGACCUCUUAUCAAAUGCUGCUUGGUAACAAAAUCUUAUCACAGUUUUAAUAAAAAAAAAAAGAAGAAAUAA